ACAAACAUCUUAAAUUUACCGUAUAAUUGAUUUAGAUAUGACCAAAUUUGAUCUGAAUGGAUUAAAAUUUCCAAUUUUUGUGCACCAUUGCCACCUUCCCCUUCCCCUAUAUGUACCGCGGAUUCAGCUCUCCCAAUCCCCUCUCUAUCUCUCUCCUCUUCUCCAUCUCCUUCAGUUCAUCGCAGAUUUUAGCUGACAACUAGGAAACUGCACUAAUCACAUUCUUCAUACACACACUGAAAAGAUCUGCACAUUAAUUACAAUUUGAACUGUGACUUUGUACGCUGUUUUCUCAAUGUCUCCCCUGUUUUUGGUACUCGGAGGAGCUUUUGCUUUGCUUCCACUGAUCACAAUUGCAAGCCAUGACUACGGCGAAGCUCUUUCUAAGAGCAUUCUCUUCUUUGAAGCUCAGAGGUCUGGUUACUUGCCCACCUCCCAAAGGGUGCAAUGGAGGGGUAAUUCUGGCCUCACCGACGGAAAACUCAAUGGGGUGGAUCUGGUGGGAGGAUACUAUGACGCAGGGGACAAUGUGAAGUUUGGACUGCCCAUGGCUUUCACCAUUACUAUGAUGUGUUGGAGCAUAAUUGAAUACGGAGGACAGAUGGAUGGCAGUGGAGAGCUUGGAAAUGCAGUUGAUGCUGUUAAGUGGGGCACUGAUUAUCUCAUCAAAGCCCAUCCCCAACUAGUCCUUUAUGGGGAGGUGGGAGAUGGAAACACAGACCAUUACUGCUGGCAAAGGCCCGAGGACAUGACCACUUCCAGGGCUGCUUACAAGAUUGAUCCCACCCACCCGGGGUCCGAUCUCGCCGCAGAGACUGCCGCCGCCAUGGCCGCCGCCUCCAUUGUCUUCCGCCGCUACAACCCCUCCUACUCGGCGGAGCUCCUCAAACAUGCCUAUCAGCUCUUUGAUUUUGCGGACAAGUACAGGGGCAAAUACGACAGCAGCAUCACCAUUGCACAGAAGUACUACCGAUCCGUUAGUGGAUACGCCGAUGAAUUGUUGUGGGCAGCUGCAUGGCUGUACAAGGCAACAAAUGAUGAGUACUACUUAGAUUACCUGGGGAACAAUGGUGAUGCACUUGGAGGAACUGGUUGGGCAAUGACUGAAUUUGGUUGGGAUGUCAAGUACCCUGGUGUUCAGACCAUGGUUGCCAAGUUCUUGAUGGCUGGAAAAGGUGGUAAGUAUGCAGCAGUGUUUGAGAAGUACCAAGAGAAGGCUGAGUUUUUCAUGUGUUCAUGCCUUGGCAAGGGCAGCCUCAAUGCUCAAAAGACUCCAGCAGGGCUCAUUUUCCGGCAGCGGUGGAACAACAUGCAGUUUGUUACUAGUGCUUCGUUUCUGGCGACCGUCUACUCUGAUUAUCUAACCUCUGCCGGCAAGUCCCUCAGCUGUGCCAACGGCAACUUCUCGCCGUCUGAGCUCCUCUCCUUUGCUAAGUCUCAGGUGGACUACAUUCUUGGAGACAACCCGCGAGCCACUAGUUACAUGGUUGGAUAUGGCCAUAAUUACCCUCAACAAGUGCACCACAGAGCUUCCUCCAUCGUGUCGUAUAAGGUCAACCCAUCGUUUGUUAGCUGCAGGGGAGGAUAUGCCACUUGGUUUAACAGAAAGGCAAGCGAUCCCAAUCUGCUUACCGGUGCUAUUGUUGGUGGCCCUGAUGCCUAUGACAAUUUUGCUGAUCAAAGGGACAACUAUGAGCAGACGGAGCCGGCUACCUAUAACAACGCUCCACUUCUCGGCAUAUUGGCAAGAUUACAAGGUGGUCACAGUGGCUACAAUCAGCUCCUUCCAGUUGAACUACCUGCACUUAAACCAAUUGCUAUUGAUCCAAAGCAAGCUACAAAGCCAGUGGUCAAUCCGUCUCCAGCUUCUUCUACCAAUCCAAUUGCAAUCAGCCAAAAGGUGACUGCUUCAUGGGUUCACGAUGGGGAAACUUACUACAGAUACUCAACAACAAUCACCAACAUGUCUUCCAAGAACUUGAAGAAUCUGAAGCUUUAUAUUUCGGAGCUCUAUGGUCCUCUAUGGGGCUUGACCAAGUCCGGUGACUCUUACAUCUUCCCAUCAUGGAUCACCUCAUUGCCUUCCGGGAAAAGCAUUGAGUUUGUGUAUAUCCACUCUGCCUCUCCGGCAGACGUCUCGGUUUCAAGCUACACUCUUGUAUAGACAAGCAGUUGCAUGCAACGCUUUUCGCUCUGUUUGUAUCAAGAAUUGUGCAGCCAUACAAUUUAACAUCAAACUAGGAAGAAGAAAAGGGAGCGACGAGAUGAUUUGAAAAGGGGGCUCGUCCUCUUGCUUCGUUUGCGGUAUAGACUAUUGCAGUGAGUGAGAGAGAGAGUAAAAUGAGUAAUGAAGAGAAGUGAAGAUGGUUGGUUCUCAAUGGAAUGUAUUAGUCAGAGCAGGCUUGAGUUUCUCUUAGUGUUAUCCUCUUCUGUAUUUGAUGUUGUAAAAUUCAAAAUACUUUAAUAUAGUUUGUGCAGUAAUCAUUUGUUUCUGAGCUUGUUUUUCA